AGUCCUUUUGUUGUUUCAGACCCCCAUACGUUAUCACCACCGCCCUUUCCUUUCCCUCCUACCGACCAUUCAUUACAAUAAUUCAAAACGAUUACGAUUCUACUAUUGAGGCUCCCGCUGCGUACUCCGAGACACCAAGGCCCUACGACCCAAUCUACAUUCUGAACUACCGAACAACAUGGCUGAACCGCCUUCAUCGCCACCAGGCGAGGGCGCGACCGCUUCAGACGCACUUUCCUGGUACAAGUCUCAAUAUGAACAGCUCGAAGCCGAUCUCGCCGAAUUCCGAGAGUCGAGUAAGGAGCUAGAAGCGGAGCUCGAGAAGGAUAUCGAGAGGGCAGAGAAGCAAGAAAGAAUUCUGCAGGAGAAGGCCGAAACUUUGGGUUACGAAGUCAAAGAGUGGAAGCGCAAAUACAAAGAAUCGAAGACCGAGGCGGCUUCAGCACAGGCCUCUCUCGAGAAGGAGAUCACGACGUUACGAGACACGAAUCGCAGCUUACAACUCAAGCUGCGCGAUAUUGAAGUCGCGAAUGACGACUACGAGCGCCAAGCACGCAACACUACUUCAUCGUUGGAGGAUAUUGAGUCCAAAUACAACCAAGCGAUCGAGAGGGCUGUCAUGAUGGAGGAUGAGAUUAAAAUAGGCGAGCAGGAGCGCGAGAAGAUGCGUGUCGAAGCCCAGCGCUUGCGCGAGGAGUACUCGGACCUCAAAAUUGAGGCAGAGCUGCUUCAGGACAAGAUCAAGAAGCAAGAGUCGCGCCAUCUUUCGAUUCUUUCGACCGACAUUUCGGUGCCCGAGUCACCCACCUUUGACCGCAGCGUUGAGCCAUCGUCGCCCCAUUCAACUGCCAGCUCCCCACUUGUCACGACGCCCCCCGACAGCAAGUCCAUGUCGCUGGCCGACGACCUCUCCGAACAUGAUCCACCGUCGCCUCCCAUGUCUGACGCUUCUGCGCCGUUGCCCAAGAGAGGCGAGAGCGACCUGGCCAAAACUCCGGCUAGCGCUCUGCGCAGGACUCGCAUCCCCUCUGUCGAACAGACCCCGAAACCCAAGUCAGCGAAGAUUCCAGGAAGCCGUACCGUCAGCAGCCGCCCAUCUACAGGAAACGCGCCGUUGCGUACGCCUGCUCACCGGUCUGUCACUGCUCGCGCCAACACAACUCACAAGAUCCCGAACUCAAACUCUCUCAACCACAUCCGAAGCCUCACUGCCCAGAUGCAGCGCCUCGAAGCACGUGUGCAAAAUGCUCGCUCGAAGCUUCCUGCGCCCACUUACACACCUCCUCGCGCCUCGCCUCGCUCGUCGGUCAGCGGAGGGCCCAGUGUCCCUUCAACGGUUACUAUCCGUUCGAGGAAGAGGACCACUGGGUCCGCGGCAUCAUCGGUGGCAGGUGACGAGACUACACCCACAAACCCACAUCUCCCGCAACAUACAAAGAGCCACGUUCCACGACUCAGCGAAUCCAGGGUCAGUAGGCUAUCCUAUGGCCCUCUACCAAACAGGGGCCCGGAGUCCGAUAUCAGCAGGCCUAGUUCACGUGCUAGUAUGUCGUCUGCUAGGCCAGCGUCGAGAACCGAGAUGGCACCGCCACGACCACUAUCGAGGUCGUCGCUGGGUGGCACACGCACACCCCUUGGACGACCGCGCUCGUCUAUGGGCGGGGCGUAUCACGGGCACUCGGGCAGCGUAAGCCGCAUGGACGAAGAAGAGGAGGAUGAAGAUGGCGAAUUCAGAACGCCCAGCCGAAGAGGCAUGUACUCAAAAUUCGACCCGAGAUCGAGCACGAGCAGCAUAGCUGGACCUACAAGCUCGAUACCUGUGCCGGGUGCUCGGCGGCAGAGUGGAAGCCGUAGGACGAGCCAAGGGGCCGCCAUCGGACGACCGAGCAUAUCGAAAGGUCAGAAGUUAGAGGACCUGGGCGAGACAUACUAGACACCCACUACAGCAUAUAUACUCUUUUCCUUUUUGCGUUUGGCAGGCGCUAUCGGCUUUUGGAAAUAUCCCCCUCCUAUUAAUGGAAUGUCAAUAGCAGCCUUUUACACCUGAUGGCCCAGUAAUCUUCCGCUGUGAGAGUGAUGAGCACGGACGGAUACGGAGUGUAAUAGAGAUCCGUCAGGGGUCGUGCGCCACAGUGCGAACUUUCUGGCGUUGCU